AUGGGAGUCACCAAAGAAGAGCUAGAAGACCCGGGAUUCCUAAAAACAUACCAGGAAACGAUUAAAAAAGGUCAAGAUGGAAGGUUAACAAAUAUGCUGAAAAAGAUGACCAAAGAAGAAAGAACGGAAUAUCACAAGAUGUUUGACCAGUAUGAGGAUGAUGGAUAUAUAGGGGAAGCAGACACCAGUUACAACGGAGUUUGCAAUUACCUACCAUAUAGUCCAGUCAUCAAGACAGACGCAAAAACAACGAAUAUCAGACCCGUGUUUGACGGAUCGGCGCACCAGCAAAAUAAACCAAUCCUGCUAAGAUUCAGACAAAGUAAGAUUGAAUGGACAGAGGACAUAGCACAAGCAUUUCUUCAGAUAGCAAUACAACAGGAACACGAACAAUUGAUCAGAUUCUUAUGGGUAGACAACCCCAAUGAAGAACCAGUUACGAUCAAGGAAUAUAGGUGGAAACAAGUCCCCUUCGGGCUAUCUUGCAGCCCGUUUAUUCUAAGAGAGCUGAUCCUGAAAUGCAUGGAAGAACACCAAAAAGUCUUUCCAGAACUAACAAAACGAUCAGAGGAUCAACUUUAUGUGGAUGAUUGGUUGGGGGGAGCUGACUGCAUCAGCCAAGCGCUCAUACUCAUAGAUCAAGCAAGGAAAUUGUUCCAGUCAGCGAAAAUGGAACUUAGGAAAUGGACAACAAACCACGAAGAGCUGAGAAACUCACUAGAAAAUGUGUUGCAAUUCCAAAACGACAUUAUAGGCAUGGCCCGAAACUCAGAUGCAUCCAUAAAAGCAUUAGGGGUUACAUGGAACCCCACGACAGACACGUUGCAGUUCAACCCAGACAAAGUUGUUGAAGACGCUAAAGAGCUCAAUAAAAGACCAACUUAA